AUGAAGACAGGUGUCUAUUCUACCUUACUUGCGCUCUGGUUGCUCUGUAUCGCCAAUGUGUACGCUGUGAAUGAGGCUGAUGGCGCCGCCGAACUGACCAUGCAGCAUGAGGAAUCUACGCCUUACAGCUACUUCCUCGAGAGCGAGCUCGACGACACCUACGAGAGGGGUGACGGCGGUAGCGUGUACGAAAUUCCUGACGAUGCCACGUUGACGACCAUGUCGCUGCUCGACCUCGCCGGAGCACCUGACCUCUUGGAUUCGGCUGAUGGUGAGUUCGACGAUGAAUCCGACUUUUCCUUUUUGGAGGAAGGCGACGAGGAAAAUGAAACCGAAGAGGCAUCGUUCUUGGAGAUCCCUGAGGAUGACGAAUUUGAUUUCGACGCAUCUUUCAUGGAAGCUGAGGAGGACGAUAACCCAGCCGACGCUCUUAGCUCCGGUAUUGAUGAGGAGUUUGGGGAAAUGGAAGCCAAGGAGAGCGACAUCCUCGACACCGAAGCUACUAGCUACAUGCCCAUCCGCCGUCGUACGGCUGUUAGGAACUGCAAUGACCACAGAAACCAUUACGUCGAACGUGCCGUCGACGAUGUUCUCAACACUAAGGCGGCCAUGUUGCAGCAAGGUGAAAUCAGAGAACCUUCCACAUGGGGAUCAUUCUUUAAGAGUAACGGCAUCAUCAUCGGGUUAGUAUUGUUGGUAGCAUCGGGUCUGGGGGUGUGGCUCGUUAUGUACACCCCAGCCUGCGUCAUCGUCGCAAAGGAACGCGUGAUCGGAUACUUCAACCGCGAAAGCGACCGCAACACCGUCUUGCCUGAGGUGACGGAGUCCGAACCUUUGAUGGCUCAGUGA